UUCAGCACAUAGGUGAAAUAACAAGUUGCACAUCAGUCUCUGCCUGUGCUGUCAGAACAAAACAGAUGUACCCACAUUCCAAGAGUUUCAUGUUUAAUGCCUUUCUGAACACAUGUCUCCCCGGCGGCCGCCUCGACAGAGCCACGACGACCGUCAAGGACGCUGAAGGACACCUGUACGUUGAGCUGAAGGCACCUCCCAACCUAAGUGUCAUCUCCCAGAAUGAAGCUACAGCUUGCAUCGGAAUCUUCCAGGAGCUACUCACAUACAACGAGGCCGCCCAGAGAUGCCAAGACAUGGGCUACUUCCUGGCAUCGGUAAAGAACUCGCCCAAACUGAACCUCAUCGUCCAACUGGCGGGAGACAAGUCGCUGUGGGUUGGCUGUGAUGAUGCUGUCAAGGAAGGGAGGGUGGUGUGGAAGGAGGAUGGAUCUACAGUAAGCACCGACACAUUAGCCACCGUUUUCAUUGAUAGUGAGGUGAACAAUUUUGUCAACCAAGAUUGUUGUGUCUACAGAAACGACUCGCACAAGCUUUCCGACUACGACUGCUCGGUCCUGUUGCCCUAUGUUUGUGAAGUGACCCUGUACAACUGUGUACUAAACGUUUCCGGCCCAUGA